AUGGAUGAAGAAGCCAUCAUUGGUAUUGCCAUUUACCUUGCGACUGAUAAAAUGAAUAAGACGAAGAAGAGGAAAAAAAGAUUUUGGAUGAAGGAAUGGUUCAAAAAAAGGAACACAUUCACCCAUCAUAAUCUUCUCAACGAACUAAUGUUAUCUUCUCCAUCUGAUUAUAAGAACUAUCUUCGCAUGGACCACUUAACAUUUUCAAAUUUAUUAAAGAUGGUUACACCAAUGAUAGAGAAACAGGAUACCGGUAUGAGAGAACCAAUUUCAUCGGCCCAACGUUUAUCGUGUACGCUACGAUAUCUGCGGACCGGCGCUAAUUUCGAAGAGCUUAAAUUCAUGACCGCAAUCGCUCCACAAACGAUUGGAAAAAUUAUAAUUGAAACAUGUGAAGCUAUAACAACUGCACUAAAAGAUAAUAUAAAGGUAAGUAAAUCAUAA